CAACAAAAUGGAAGAUGGCGGAAGGAGAAAGGCAGAAUUUAUUUUCCGAUCGACAGCGAAACUAUAAAUCAAAUCCCCUACUCAAUUCAUUCAAGAAAAAUGAAGCCUCAGAGAGAAGUUCUUUGUCAGAGAGCACUGAGGCACCAAAAUCUUACGGGGCUACUCGGAAUCCACUGCAACCGCAAUGCGACGUGAAGUUGAUAGGUCAUGUUGUGGAACCUACCGACACAUUGCAAGGACUUGCUAUAAAAUAUGGGGUGACGGUGAGAAUCAAGCUCAGAAUUUUCUUUUACAGUAGAUGCAUUUUAUAGGAAGGAAGGAUCAAAAGUAAUUGAAAGCAUUACAAUAAUGCGGCCUAAACUCGAUAUGUUAUCGAAGAACAAUAGUCGCCACGCCGGUUACGUGUUUGCAGACCUACUGUGUUCGGUAAUGCUCCUCCCAUGUGAUUCUCGAAUUACUAUGUUGUUUAUGGCUUUUCUUUUUCGUUCUUGAAUUUAGCUUUGCAUUAGAGUAUGAAUAUUGAAGCAAACUUACAAGAACUUUGUCAUGUGCUGUCAGAAUAUUUUCCUUAGAAUUUGGUUCACGAUCACCGUGCAAAAGCGGAAGCUUACAUUUACGUAAUACUCCACGAUUGUUGAAAUGAAAGUGGUGAUUGGAAAUCUAAGCCACAUGUGAUAUUUUUCGUACACAUUGCUUACUUUUUCCGACUGGACAGCUCACGUGUUUUAAUUGAUAGAACUUUCUCCUACCACUGCUCUGGAUUGAUCUUUUGUUUUCUUUCCUUUUUUUUUUGCUUUCGAAUAUUGACGUUGGAUAAUUUCUUUGCGUUCAUUACACAACACUUGCUAUCCUCAUUAGCUGUAAUAUAAAAGUUAUGAUACGGUAUUGUGCAGAGCGGUCUGUGCAGCCACUCCAGGAAGUGUACCAGUCGUUCAACUUAAGAUCGUAAUGCUCAGUACAACAUCAUCUCCUGAGAUGAAUGGAAUCUGACAAUUUCAAGCUAAUUUUGCUUAGUAUCUCUAGGGUCUCAUUUUUCCAUUUCGGAAUGGAACAGUAAACAUGGCUUGUAUUUCUUUCUUGUGAAUUAAGACCUAAACUCUAGGCCUGUGAACUAUGUGUUCAUUCUUUGGCAUCAGAAUGAAAAAUUUUAUUAUUGUUUUCCAUACAAGAUUGUUGGCAAUUCCUGGAUAGGAGAAGAGUGCUUUCUGAUUAAGUGCCGUUAAACCUAAACCAAAGAUAUUACAAAAGCCAAUCAGGAGAAAGGAAAUUACCUUUAUGAGCCAAUGAGAACUGAAAGUAAAACGGACCAAAUUGCCCAAAGUGCUGUAAGAUGCAAGCGGCCAAAUGGUGAUUGGUUUUAGUUUUGCAUCUGAUUUUUUGAGAGAGGGCAUAAGUUCUUUGAGCAACCACUGGGUAAAGUAAAGGAAAAAAAAUCCUGGAUUAUUUACAACACUCAAUUGAAAAUUACUCCAACCAUGAUAAUGUCAAAUGAAAAUUGAUUUUUUUUUUUGUGGACAAAAGUAUUAGGUAAAGUAGUAUGAUUUAUUAAAUUUGUUAGAAAAUACAUUCCUUGAGGAAAGCUUUUUCAUUUACUAAUCAAACAUUAUAGUUACAGCAAACAAAUUUUUUCCUCAAUGAGGUAAGAAGUUGAUAUCCAUAUUAUAUCUUUUUUAGGUUGAACAGUUAAAAAGAGCAAACAAAAUUUGGGCAAAUGACAAUAUACACUUGUUUAAAAUCCUAAAAAUUCCAGUUAGGAAGGACUCAAAACACUACAUAGAAGACUCUGAAUUUUCUGAAGAUGAAUCAGGGACAGAUGAUAGUGGUAUAAAUGAAGACAGAGGCACAAUCAAUUCUGAAGCAAGAGUUGACAAAGGAAAUAAAAGUGGUCACAUGUGUGAUGGAUCUCUUGAGGAAUCCAGAGAAACAGAAGGGGAGAGACAACAACAAAACACAGCUUCCAGUUUUCUGGAGCAACUUGAUGCAAGGAUAAAAAGCUCUAAAAAGGAAUCUGAGAAACUUAGGUAAGGUCUAAUAAUGAUGAGAGAAGGAAACUGAAAUAAUGGGUUGUACAACUCAAAAACAGCAAUCAUGAUAUCUCUAUGUACUGUAGUCUUGCAACUAGUUGUAAUCAAGUAUAAGUAAAGUGCAUUUGAUCUAUUUAAGAAACAGAUGUUUUUAUUUUGGCCUAACAAACUCCAUUGUAUGAUGAAACCUACAAACCUCAAAUAAUGGUGUGGCAUGCAGUGCUGAUUUGUAUUUACUUAUUUCUUUUAAAUUAAUGUGUGUAAUUCAUCAACAAAUCUCUCCAUGGAAUUCAGAACAGAGCCAGUCAAGGUGUGAGACUUCACUUACCCACCAGUGCAUAAAAACUAGGCCAUGUGUAUCAGUCAGUUCAAGUUGCUGUUGAAAAGCUUAAACAUUCUAGCUUUGUAUCAAUACCCAAAGGAUUUCAUAAAACCAACAGGACUGAAAAACAACAUGAAUAAUAACCAUACUCCACCAUCAAUAGUAAUAACUAACACCAAAAGAUCUGAAUGAAAUUACAAACUAACUGGUCACCAAAACGGAAAUGUCUGAAAUGUUUAUUGACUAAAAAUACAUUUUAUACCUAUUGAUCAGAAUAAAGAGCCAUAAAUUUACCAGUUAAAUGAGUAUCUCUGAGAACAAAACGGUAUUAUUUUUUUAUUGAUUCAUUUUGAGAAUUCAACAUAUGUCAUUUACUCAAUGAAACACUUUUUUGUGCACAGAACUGUUUCAGGACCUAAAGUUAUUGCAGAUUUAGAAAGAGCACAUGCCAGCAAUCUCACAUCUGAAGAUGAUUUGUUUCGACCACUUGAAGCUGGAUCUUCAAGGCGACAAAGAGGACAAGUACUUGCAUCUAAAAGGCAUGUAAGAAAGGAGAAAACUGCUGUCCAGGAUGCCGAUGAUCAGUUCUUUGAGCUUUGACAUAGGAUCUAAAACAGAUAUCAUUUUAAUUUUGCAUUUUAUGAUUUGAAUUGACCAUCAUACAUACAAAGUCAUGACUCCAGUUUUAUUUAAUUUGACAAGAUACAAAUAUCUACAACAAACAUUUACAUCUGUAAAUUUAUACUGUAUAAUUCAAAUCAAUGAUAGGGAAAACAAAAAUGUUUAAGCUGCAGAUUCUUCAAAGGCUUGUUGGAAUUGUGUCCAUUCACAGCAUACAUAGCUAUCCAGAUACCAAUCGUAGUCCUUUGAAUGACAGAUUUCUUUAACCCUUUACACUCUAACAUCAGUAUGCACAUUCUCCAUACUGUUCUCUAUACAUUUCCUGAUGUGCUGACAAGGAGAAUUUGUUUAAAAAUCAAGAGCUUUAUAAGUUGGUGAUCAUUUCCUUGAUUCUCAUGACCUUAAUGUUUGAUUCUGGGGUGAUAUUGUAAAGAGAAAUUAGAAACUGGUCACUCUUUGGGGUUAAAUGGUCUUAGUUUCUCAGAAGCACAAAUUGGUUUUUAAUUGGAGCUAAAAGCAGCGAAACUUUGGCCCCAGAGGAAAGGGGGUAAUUCAAUUGAGAUAUUUCUUUUUUUUUAGUCAGACUAAUAUGCUUUUAGUCACUAGUUCAAUUUUGCAUUGAACUAAUCCCUCACCCUACUCAUCUGCUGUUCACACAGUUGCCGGCAUUUUCUCAGGCAUCUUUACCAGAAAUCAAUAACAAUCUGUCAGCUCAAACACACCUUUAUCACUUGAACUCUCAGAAUUGAUUAACAUGUAACUUCUCCCUCUUAUAUCCGUACAUCAUCCAGCAAAUAGGUAAUGAGAAUACUCAAACCUAUUAAGUAGAAGUAGUUUUCUUGAUCCAACACCAAAUUGUUGCAACUAAAUUACAAUGAAAUGUGUAGCAGCCAGAAGCAAGAAUUAACAAGCAGAUCCUAGGAUUUGAAGGGUUAAUUGCAUGAGAUAGAGGGACAGGUAUAGAUUUAAAAAGAAUUCAUGUAGAGAUUUUUACUCAUUAGUGAGGGUUCAGAGGAGAUGAAAAUUUUGAAAUGACUGAAAUUUACUUUGUCUGGCCAGGAAGUAAUUUUAUAUUCAAACUCAGUCAGAUUUUACCAUAGUUGUAGAGCUAACAAUGGAGACAGGAAACUUUGAGUUCCAUUUAUGUUAUACAUGAAUGCUACUGGUAGGAAGGAAGUUUGUCAUUGUCCGAGUGAAUAUUCCAUCCCUUCAACCACAAUUGAUGAAUCUUGACUCUGUUUAACAUGGAAAGUGAAACUGGAUUCUUAGCUGCUAAACCAUGUAUAAAAUGGAAAGAAAAUUCAGUUCUUUAAAAAGUUACGGUAAUUGAAUGUUAAGUAAUUAUUAGGAGUGGUUGUCACUUCCUGGAGAAACAUUUUUAAUAUAUUUUUUCAUCAUUAAGUCCAUGAAUUUUUCUUAGGGAUUAAUAAUUGAAGUAUUUUUAUAGUGAAACAAAUUAACAAGGCAAAAUUGGUCUAAUAGGAUGAUGUGAAAUAUUUAACAAGAAUAUUAUGAACAGUUACAAAGCCAGCAUGAAAUACAUAGUGAGUGAGAUGUGACAAGCAUUAUACAAGCAUUAUUCAAUACAUUGAGCACUUACAUUUCCUUAACGCACGGUAUGUAGGUCAAUUGUCUGUAAGUUUCUUUCUUUAUCUCUAACAAUAUGAUUCUCCAAGCAAACUCUAAAAGAAAUCUAUGGCAGACAGUAAGGAGAAUUUUCAUUAAUGUAUUGGGAGUGAAUAGGGUUUAAUCUGUUUGUGGGAAGAACUAAAUUGUUGAUUUGUAUUUGUAUGUCAUAACUUAAACCAGAGUUUCAUGGGUUAAUGCUUUAACUCCUAUAAGUGAUUAGGAUGUAACUUCUCCCAUUAUAUAUCUUGAUCUAACACCAAAUUCUUGUAACUAAUUUACCAGGAAAUGUGUAGCAGCUAGGAGGGAGAAUUAAUAAUCUGAUCUUGGUAAUUAAAAGAUUAACCGACUGUAUCAUACAGUGUUUUUCUACGAUAUUCACUUGUUGUUUGGUGGAACAUUAUCUGGGACACAGAGAUAAAAGUUUUCCUCAGUUUUUUUAUCGGAAUAAACUCUCCUACAGAGGUGCAACCAAAAUAAAAAAUGACUGUGGUGAGAAAUGGUAUACACCUCCAAUUUUUCAUUGUCUAGGCUUAAUUAACAUGUGACUGAAUAAAACUCAACUAAUUCCCGAGUUGAAUAAUUAGCGAUUUUAAUUUAAAACCCUCGGUUUGAAGCUGAUUGUUUUAGGCACUGGGUUAAGGUUUAUGGGGUGUGAUUUUGUCUUAAGCAUUAGUUAAC